AUGUUUCAUGUUUAGCAUGCUCUAAAGGAACAUAUCUAGAUCUAGAUUUAUCUUGCUAAAUAUCCUGCUAAAAUGGCUAUUUUAUGGAUGAUAAUAGUUAAAAAUGCGUUUAAUGUUCAGACUCUAAAUGCAUUUCAUGUAAUUAAACAAAUCAAUGUUCUAAAUGUAUGUAAGGAUAUCAAAUAUCUCCAGAUGGUAAAACUUGUUUGGAUGUAUAUUGCUCGGAUUUCUAUGGUAAAUUUGACUUGCUUGAUAAAAGAUGCUCUCUUGAUGGCUAUUUCUACUUCUAAAAUAAAAUUUAAAUAAAUGAUAAUGAAGAAGAAUAAUCGCAAUUUUUAGCUACAAAUUUUAAUUAUUCUUCCUAAAAAUAAGAUUCAUAUGGUGAUCUUAUAGAAAUUCAAAUUAUAUCAGUUUUUUCUAAAUCAUUGGUAAUAGGAAUUAAGUAUUAAUAGAUAGUCAUUUAUGAUUUCUAAAACAUGA